AUGCCAUAUAUGACGCUAAGUCGAGGGUUCUCCGUUGUGUUCCUCCUCCUUGCUCUGUACUGUGCGUUGGACCCCUUCCAGCACAGUCCCAUUGCGGGUUUCCCUGACUUCGAGGUGCACAAAAUCGAAAUGCCCGCAUGGUCUGAGGUUCCCGUGGACCGAGACAGAGACAACUCGUUACAGAAAUCACAAGUCUUGUUUGUGAACCAAGUGCAGGGACCAGAGAGCAUUGCCUUUGAUCCUCUCGGUCGUGGCCCUUACACUGGUGUUGCAGAUGGAAGGAUUUUGUUUUGGAAUGGACUCUCUUGGACUGAUUUUGCAUACACCUCUCCCAAUAGGUCACAUUUAUCUUCAUUCCUCCCUUUGCCAACUCAAAUGCUAAAUAUUAGUAUACUACAAUACUCUAAGUACUACUAG